GCUCCGCCCCCUGGUGUUCUCUGGGCUCUGACACUCCCAGGGGAUCGCGGUGUCCCAGAGGACCGGCGACCGAGUCUGCCCCUUGUGGCCUUGGGUCUGGGGCCAUGGAUUCUUUCAUCCGCUUUACCAACCAGACCCAGGGCCGGGACCGACUCUUCAGAGCCACUCAGUACACAUGCAUGUUGCUUAGAUAUUUGUUAGAGCCCAAAGCUGGCAAAGACGUGCUAAUGAAGCUCAAGAAACUGGAGUCCAGUGUGAGCACUGGCCGUAAAUGGUUCCGGCUAGGCAAUGUGGUCCAUGCUGUCCAGGCGACCGAGCAGAGCACCCACGCCACUGACCUAGUGCCGUGCUUAUGUCUGACAUUAGCCAACCUGAACCGUGUGGUUUAUUUCAUCUGUGACACCGUCCUGUGGGUGAAGAACGUUGGUCUCGCCUCUGGUAUCAGCAAAGAGAAGUGGCAGAUGCGGGCUGCCCGCCACUACUGCUUCUUCCUCCUGCUGAGCCUGGUCAGGGACCUGUAUGAAAUCUCCCUGCAGAUGACCCAGGUGGCGCACGAAAGGGCAAAGGAAGGGCAAUCGACAUGCAGGGAUCCUCCGAGGCGCAGCGUGGCUGACGAGGAGACCGAGUGGCUCCAGACCUUUCUUCUUCUCUUAUUCCGAUCUCUGAAGCGACAUCCUCCUUUGCUCCUGGAUACGGUGAAGAACUUCUGUGACAUCCUGAUCCCUUUGGACCAGCUGGGGAUCUACAAGUCCAACGCUGGCAUCAUUGGGCUUGGGGGUCUCGUGUCCUCGGUCGCAGGCAUGAUCACUGUGGCGUAUCCUCACAUGAAGCUGAAGAUCCGCUAGGGCGGCUGCAGGCCGAGCUCCCGGGUGACGUCUCAGUGGAACGGGCAUUGGCAUUCGUCACAGACCGUGUCACCUGUGAUAAAGUGUUUGUCCACAUGAAUGUUUAGUGACCUAUAAUGUGAGCAGGUGAGGGCAAGAACAGAGCACAGACACCACGUGUUUAUGAAGUGCUACCUCUGAAUAUGUUCCCUUCAUCCAACAUUUCCUUUGCAUCUCUUGCAUACUAGAGCCUAGUGUCCAAGGAGAGCAUAAAAACUGAAAAAUAAUUGGAAAAAACCUAAGAAGUGAACACUUCACGUGUAGUGUGGGUGGGGUUAUGUGGAUCAUUGUUUCUUGAGCACCGACUGCUGGGAUCUGACGUCCCGCCCCUUGAUUAUUACCCCGUCCUCAUAGAUGUUGGAGGAGGGCAUUGGUGAGCUGGGCUGGAGCCCCCUUUUCCCGCUGGCCCAGACCGUCUCUGCUGGUUGUCAUCAGUGUGUCCAGAAGAGACUCUGAACCUAGUCGGGCACCUUCGUGGUGUAGCGGUGUCUGUGGACCGAAGUCUCAGUGAUACAGUAAGUAGGAAUCAGGAGUAGGUGAAAGGGAGCUGAGGGGGACGUAGGCGGAAGGUCACAGCAGGGCCUGUUGUGUGGCCUGUGGCAGAUAAGGAAAUUGACCUGCAAAACAAACCUGAGGCCCCUGGCCUGCGAAGAGGCCGAGGCUUCAGGACCCUGACCUUUUACCUCUUGGCUCCCCAAGUUUGGAACCCUUAUUAAGGGUUUAUAUUCCAUUGCACAAAAAUUUAAAUCAUCUAAAUUUAUCCAGAUUGUUUAUAUUUUAAACUUUGUAACAGUGUGGGUGAUUCUACAUUAAUUUUCAAGAAAAUUCAUGCAGUUAAAAGUUUCAUGAGUGUUCUGUGAACAGAGAAGGUGAAUUUUCCGUGAUGAAUCAGACUUCUGAUUCCUAGAGUAACUGGGGAGAGGGGAAGGGCAGUCGGGCCAGUGAGGGACACGGACACUGGAAUGGGGACAUUUGCCUGUACUCCUUCCCGUCUGGGGGUCGGGUGGUUCUUUGUGAUUUCAAGUCCUUUUGCUUGAAGGAUGUGAGGUGGACGUGGUGGGCCAGCAGCAGAGGCUGAUGUCCGCGCCACCAAGAAAGCCACAGUCACAUUUGUCCUACGGGAGACGAGGAAAGGAGUAUGCACUGAUUCAGUUUCCAUAAAUGUGAUUGAGAUUCUUGAAAAGUAGACUCAAGUCCUUGGUACUCUGUUUUUGAAGUAAUCACGAACUGUGAAUUUGUAAAAGAAAUGCUGUGGGAGGAGUUUUUGAAAACUGAAGGCUGCUAGAGCAGGGCUCGUAAGGUUUGAAUAACUCUUUUGCCCUUGUUCAGACCCUCUAUGUGAGAUUAAUUAUGUUUAAUAAAUUUUCCACAAAGCUGA